AAAGACUUAUAAAUGUCUUCCAGUCUUUCUCCCCUAAAUCUCCUUCACCAUAACUCAGAAACCCACAGCUCAAAAAAGUAGAAAAAGCUUCGCUGAAAAUGGUUUGAAGUACAUAAAUUAGAGAAGCUAAGUAAUGGCUUCCGUGGCCAGAUCCUCACCUCCACUGCGGAUUCACCACCUCCACACAAACCCCAUCUCCCUCCACCCUUCUCAUCAUAUCCUCCACUUCGCAACCCGCCGAACCCCAUCUGUUCCUGCACUCAAAACUGCAUCAGACGGAAGCCAAGAAGUGUACGGCCCUGAUUUGCUGAGGAAGCCCCAUGUAUCUGCACCGGACGACGAGGGUGAUCGGAAGAGGACGAAGAGGAAAGGGGGUGAGUGGGUGGACUGGGAGGAUCAGAUUCUGGAGGACACUGUCCCUCUUGUUGGCUUUGUCAGAAUGAUUCUUCACUCCGGAAAAUACAGAAGUGGUGAGAGACUGAGCCCUGAACAUGAGAAAAUAAUUCUGGAGAGAUUGCUUCCAUAUCAUCCUGGAUAUGAGAGGAAGAUCGGAAGUGGAAUCGACUAUAUCACGGUUGGGUAUCACCCAGAAUUUGAAAGUUCUCGGUGUUUAUUCAUUGUGAGGAAGGAUGGAGAGCUGGUUGAUUUCUCAUACUGGAAAUGCAUAAAGGGUUUUAUCAGGAAGAACUAUCCCUUGUAUGCAGACAGUUUCAUUCUCAGACAUUUCCGACAGCAUAGGCGCAGCGAAUGAACCUAAAACCAACUGUAUGUUUGUAGAUGAACAAGGCAAGGGUUUCCCAUGGCUGCAAAUCCUUUCCACCAUUGUAGUAGUGUAAUAGCUGCUUUUUCUUUUCCUUUUUCCUUUCUCAUUUCUUUUUGAUGGGUGUAUUUUGGGUUGUAAAGUUAAGUGGUUGAUGCUGUGAGUCAUUCGCUUUCAAGAAGUAGAGGCACCAGUUUCUGUAUUGACUCUCUGUUAACAGUUUGUUAAGUUGAGAAAACUGGUUAUGGUGACUCGGUAACAUUCACAAAUUAUAAUAAUGUUGUCAUGAAAA